UAAAACGCGUUUCCAUUUGUUAAACAGAUUUCAACCUGCAGAUGGUUUUGAUGGAGAAAUUCAACCCACAUUCAAAACCACCUGUUAUUCUUCUCAUCACUAAACCCCUAAUUAAUCUUGCUUGCCAUUCUAACCUAUAUAUUAUCCAAUCCAAAUCAGAAAUCACAAAAUCUCUAUCGAGAGGGGUUAUUCAUUCAUAAGCCAUCAUCCCCUUUUUCGUUUUUCAAAAGUGUGUCGUUUGAGUAAUAGUUUAAUCAUCAUCGUAAACAUCUUAGCUCUGAUCAUUUCACUACCGUUCUUAAGUUUAUCAAUCAGUAAAGAAAUACAUGGGCCUGCAUCAAAUCAAGCAGAAUGUCAAGAAAUCAUUAAAGUUCCAUUAUUAUCAUUUUCGGUGUUUAUAUUCAUUUUAUCUCUUUUGGGUAUAAUUGGUUCUUGUUGCAAGGUUUCAUCGUUUCUUUGGAUUUAUAUUAUUGUCAUGUUCUUUGUAAUACUGGCUGUUUUUGGGUUCACCAUAUUUGUAUUUGUUUUUACAAAUAAAAGUGCUGGUAAAGCAUUGUCAGGGAAAGGUUAUAAUGAUAAUAGACUUGGUGAUUAUUCCAAAUGGUUACAACAACAUGUUGAUGGGAAAAACUGGGAUAAAAUUAGAACUUGUUUCGUCGAAGCUAAAACAUGCGACCAACUUAGUAAAAUGACCAACGAACAGAAGCAAUCAGAUUUCUACAAGAAACGUUUAGCUCCCAUAAAGGCUGGUUGUUGCAAACCUCCUAGUUUUUGUGGGUUCACAUAUGUGAAUGCCACAGUAUGGGAUGUACCAAAAUCCGGGCCAGAAGCCGAAGACAGUGAUUGCACGACAUGGAGCAACAAUCAAGAUGUCCUAUGUUAUAACUGCAAAUCCUGUAAAGGUGGAGUUCUGGGAAGCCUAAAGAGAGACUGGAAACAACUAACCAUUUUUAAUAUCGCAAUACUGAUUUUCCUUAUCGUUAUUUAUACUAUUGCCGGCUGCGCGUUCAGGAAUACGCGUAAUGAUUACUACAAGCGAUACCGAGGAUAUCAUUGAACGUAUCAAGCUUUCAAAUAAUAUUUAAAUUUCGAGGAUUAAUAAAUGUUCAAGCUGCGAUAUGUCCGGUUAAUCAAUAUGUGCAGCUCCAUCAUCCAUCAGCGAUUAUUUCUAAUCAACUUGUAGGUACACGUGUAUAUAUUAACUUUAGUUAGCGUCCGCAGUUUCUUUUUCUUCUUUUUUCCUUUUUUCUCGAACAGUGGUGAAGUUUGUUUUUUGGAAAAUUACCACAUUAUUAAAUGAUGUGCAUAUUCUGAUCUACCACUGUUAUCUAUUCGAUUAAGGAUGCUAAAACUAUUUCUCUAUACACUUUUGAGUUUUUUUAUUAUA